AUCUGGCUGCACGAUUAUGAAUCAACCCACGGCACGGCAGUCGGUCAAAAUGGCCAGAACCAAACAGAGGUACGGAGGAAGGAGACGUGGAUCCUGGCAUACUCCCCUGGCAGUAGGGAUGUCUUCGAAGAGAGGACAAUCCACUGUGCUAGUCUUGCAAUCAAGAUAGAGUUUCCAAACCACGAAAUGGCACCCUCUCGUUAUGCGCUUGGCUUGGACAGCCAACCGGCAACUCAAGCACCCAGUGAAGCUCCGACUCCGCGUGAAAGGCUCAUAUAUUAUAACAUCCAGCAGAUUGGAGAAGGUACAUUUGGUCGAGUGCAUAAACUCAUCAAGGCGCGGGACGGGAAUGUUUUCGCGGCCAAGACCUUCCACCCUCCGUCCAGCAAGAACAAGAGGCGGUGGCAGGAGCCUGAUCCCAAAUGGCUCAUCAAAAUACGAAGAGAAUUUAGUCUUAUGAGAGAUAAUCCUCAUGUAAGUACAUUGCUAUAA